AGAAUACUACACUUCCCUACUAUCUGGCUCCGUAAAGGAAUGUGUACUUCCGCCCUUCAAUGUUGGCGCUACCUCUGUCGGUCGCUGCGCUGAUGUCGUGUCUAAUGUUUAUUCUCAUCCGCCCCUCCCCCCUCACUAUCUAUCCUGCUCACACACUUUGACACAUACAUCGAGCGGGGGAGAGGGAGACGCGGUUGGUAUUCUGUUUUGAUCGUCUCUGUGUUGUUCCGCUUUCAUGAUGGCGAUGUUCCGCAGUUUUGUAUCGGGUGUCCAACAGAAACAACAGCAAACGAACGGGGCAACAACGGGAGACAGUCUGGAAAGCCAAUUUUCCUGCCCCAUCUGCCUGGAGGUCUACCACAAACCCGUCAGCAUCGGAAACUGCGGACACACCUUCUGUGGUGAAUGUCUCCAGCCAUGCCUCCAGGUCCCUUCACCCCUCUGUCCCUUGUGCCGCAUGCCUUUUGACCCAAAGAAGGUGGAAAAAUCAUCAAAUGUUGAGAAGCAGCUCUCUUCCUACAAGGCUCCCUGCAGAGGCUGCAGUAAGAAGGUCACACUUAUCAAAAUGAGGUCUCACAUUUCCUCUUGUACAAAGGUUCAGGAACAAAUGGCAAACUGCCCAAAAUUUGUCCCCGUCGUACCCACCUCCCAGCCCAUUCCAAGCAAUAUUCCAAACCGCUCAACGUUCGUAUGUCCAUACUGUGGGGCAAGAAACCUAGAUCAGCAGGAAUUGGUGAAGCACUGUAUGGAAAACCAUCGUAAUGACCCCAAUAAAGUGGUAUGUCCAGUUUGCUCAGCAAUGCCUUGGGGUGACCCCAGCUAUAAGAGUGCCAAUUUCUUGCAACACCUUCUUCACCGGCACAAGUUCUCUUAUGAUACAUUUGUGGAUUAUAGUAUUGAUGAGGAAGCAGCUUUGCAAGCAGCCUUGGCUCUUUCACUCUCUGAGAAUUAGAGAUGCCACUCUACUUAUUUCAUAACCACCAUUCUUUGCACUGGACACCUCACCAUUCCUGCUGCAGGGCAACCCCAAUUCACAGUGGGCAUCUGUGACUUUUACUUGCUGGAUCAUUUUUAGAUUUUAGUAUUAAUUUUUUUUUCUGAAAAUGCUGAAGCUUUAUCAAUGGCCUUUAAUAGACAAUUGAGGGUAUAUUUCAGAAACCUUUAAAGGAAAACUGCAAUUGCAGUUAUUUUAUAUAUUAAAUUUCUGAAGCAUCACCCUGGAAAAAAGCAAUUUGGCUGUGAAUCUGUUCAAAUAAGAAAUGCACAGAGCACACUUUCAAAGUAAAUACAUUUUGCUGAUGAGGCUGACGGAUGUUGGAAUGUGCCAUCUUUUCGAUUGUGGACAUAGCAUCUUAUGGAAUCCUGUAUGUGCCUAGCAAUUGCUGCAAAACCGUCAUCAAUAAAUGUUAAUAGUUUUUGUUUAUACACACUUUCUUAACCAAACUUGGCUAAUAUUGUUAUCAUGUGCUUUUGUGAAAAAAUGGAUUACAUUCAACCAACAAUCCAGUCCAAUUCUCCAACAAUGCACCUGGAAGCUUCUGAACCUG